AUGCGAUCGUUGGAAGAGUCAAGAGCACGAUGGCAAGUUACACUAGGACACGCCAAAAGCGUCGAGGCUCUGAAGAAGUCCGUCAGACUGGAUGGUGACGAAAGUCCCAGCAGAUCUGGACUCCGAUCAGUCUGUUGGAAGAUCUUCCUACUCUUUCAAAGCACCGAGGUCACGGGAUGGUCUGGUACUCUGAUAGAUUCUCGGAGUGCUUACACUUCUCUCCGAGAACAUCUCCUCAGAUACAUAGAAAACCCCGAUGAGCUCGGCUCUGCUUUGGAUCCCUUAGACGAUGAUCAACAUUCCCCAUGGAAUACUCUGCGGCAAGACGAGGAAAUCCGGGCAGAGAUUUUCCAGGAUGUCGAAAGAUGUAUGCCAGAGGAGCCUUAUUUUCGAAGGCCUGAGACACAGCGAACCCUACUGGAUAUUUUGUUCAUCUUCUGCAAGAUCAAUCAAGAUGUAGGAUACCGACAGGGCAUGCACGAGCUUUUGGCUCCCAUUCUAUGGGUGGUCGAGCAGGAUGCAAUUGAGAAUCGGAAUGAGAGUGACAAAGGAACUUCUGCAAGAGAUGAUCCUGUUAUGAAGCAGAUAUUGGAUCCUGUUUACAUCGAGCACGAUGCCUUCACUCUCCUUUCUCUCAUGAUGCGAUCAGCCAAAUCGUUCUAUGAGCUCGGAGAGCCAGAUAGACGACCAAGCACGCCCUCUACAGGUUCUGGAACUCCUCAGCAUGGUGCCUCCCCUAUUGUGGAGAGAAGCAAGCGUAUCCAUGAGAUAUAUCUUGCAAAAUUAGACCCAGAGCUUGCAAAACAUCUCACAGAUAUCGAGGUGCUCCCGCAAAUUUUUUUGAUACGCUGGAUUAGACUCCUCUUUGGGCGCGAAUUUCCAUUCGAUGAACUGUUAGAUUUGUGGGAUGCUCUUUUAGCAGAGGAUCCAGCUUUAGACCUUGUGGACAUGGUUUGUGUUGCCAUGCUCUUGAGAAUCCGAUGGCAACUGAUAGAGGCGAACUACUCGUUCGCAUUGAUGCUUCUACUCAAGUAUCCAGCGCCUGACUCCCCAAAUGGCCCCCAAACAUUUGUGGAUGAUGCCAUAUAUUUGCGGGACAAUUUUAGCGCGGCUGGGGGUGCAAACAUUAUUAGCAAGUAUGGUGGAAAAGCACCCCCACUGCCUUCGUCAGAUUCAAGGCCAUCAACACCCCUUGGCCAAGCAUUGGGUCACAAGCGUAAUAUUUCUAGAACGAAGUCACCUUUACCAUCGCCGGCAAGAUUCUUGCAGCAACAGGGUGGAGUUGAAGCUCUCUUUCAAGGCGCAGCUAAAGGCGUUUUUGACCGAGGGGAGCGCCUUGGCAUCAAUAAAGCCGUCCGAGAUGCAGUCGGAGAGGUAAAGAAGAACAUGCAAGGACUUCAGACAUCAAGGACUAAUUCAACAAAACGGAGACCAUCUGAUGGUAUGAGAUGGUCACUUGACGACGGAAGAUCAGUGCCAUCUUCACGGGCCUCAGUUUCCGCCAUAAACGCGCGAAACAAACAACUUGCACGCAUGCUUGAUCAAGCAAUGACUGAUCUCCGUGCCGUAUCAGUUUCCGAGGAUGAGGACAAGGACAAAUAUAUUAAGGCCAUGGAUUUGGCAAUCGCCAAGGUUGAGUUUGUGAAGGUCUAUUUGGAGGACGCAACCAUGCCUCUACCAGAAGAGUCAUCCCACACCCAAAACCCAGAUCCCCAGACCCCAUCCCCGCUACCCGCUGACACCCCACCACCCCCACUUCAACAGCCUCUGCAGGGUACAACGACGCCAGAUCCCACGGCUUAUGCGUCUUCAGAUCUGGAGGGUGGGAAGGCUGUUGCAGAGGACGUGGGGAAGCCGUUGCCUGCCAGUCAUAGCCUGGACGUGGAUGAAAGCAAGGCUCCGGCUAUUGCGGCUUCACCUGUUGCAAUUCCAUCAACAAAUUUACAGCAAAUCACCGUGGAACCUGCAAACGAAGAAGAACCGCAGCAUAGGCCAAAGGCCCCUGUGCCUACACGAUCCACGAUUGCACAGUCCAGUUUUUCAUGGAUGCUGGAACCAGAUACCCCCUCUGCAUCGGCCAUGAAAUCGUCUCCUCCUAAAUCUUCGCCUCCAUUCCUCAAACCUACCAAGCGACCAGUGUCCGGUUCUGGCCGAGACAAAGCGGCAUUUCUGUUUGGCGACGUGGAUGACUUUCCAUCGAAUAUCCAAUCCCGACCUCGUAUUGACACUGAGACGUUCAAUCUGGGUACUAUCAACGGAAACGACUCGUGA